AUGAGUACUGCACUUAAUGAGCUCGAUGACAAACGAAUUAAGCAGAUAAGACCUCUGAUACCACCGGCAAUUUUAAUGGAAGAUUUGCCUCUGACCCCGAAGGCAUUUGAAACUGUAAAAAAUGGCCGUGAAAAAGCAGCGGCAAUAAUAAAAGGACAAGACGAUCGAUUACUCGUUGUUGUAGGUCCUUGCUCCGUCCAUGAUGUAAAUGCUGCUAUUGAAUAUGCUAUAAGAUUGAAAGCUUAUUCCGAUGAAGCGAAUAAAGAUCUUUUCAUUAUUAUGCGAGUAUAUUUUGAAAAGCCAAGGACCACUGUUGGAUGGAAAGGUUUGAUUAAUGAUCCAUAUUUAAACAAUAGUUUCCAAAUAAAUAAAGGAUUACGCAUUGCACGUAACCUUCUAAUGGACUUAGUAAGCAAUGAAUUGGGUGUUCCAUGUGGAUGUGAAUUCCUCGACACAAUCACUCCACAAUAUAUCGCCGAUCUGGUUUCUUGGGGUGCAAUUGGUGCUAGGACAACUGAGUCUCAGGUUCAUCGUGAAUUAGCAUCGGGAUUAUCGGUACCCGUUGGCUUUAAAAAUGGAACUGAUGGAAGUAUAACAAUUGCUGUAGAUGCUAUUAAAGCAGCCAGCAGUGGACAUCAUUUCCUUUCUGUUACUAAACAGGGAUUGAGUGCUAUUGUAGAGACAAAUGGUAAUGACAGUUGUCACGUCGUCCUAAGAGGUGGUAGCAAAGGUCCAAAUUAUUCAGCUGAACAUGUUAAAUAUGUUUCUGAAAAAUUAACAGCCGCUAAUUUACCUGCGCGAAUUAUGACAGACUGUAGUCAUGGUAACAGUCAAAAGAAAUACAGUCGACAAGUUGAUGUUGUCAAUGACAUUGCUGAACAAAUCAAAUAUCAGGAAACUGGGAACUUUAUUAUGGGAGUAAUGAUUGAGAGCCAUUUAAAAGAAGGUCGACAAGAUCUUACUUCAGAUCCAUCGAUACUCACUUACGGUCAAUCAAUUACAGAUGGAUGUAUUAAUUGGGAUACUACAGUAAAGGUUUUAGAUGUUUUAAGGGAAAGUGUGCGAGCUAGGCGAACUUGUAACAACGGAUAA